UCUGAGCUGCUAUCUGAAUAUUGAACCAUAGAUUGUCGAUAUAGUAUAGCUUGCAUUUAUCGGUUCAAAAGGAUUUUCCACCUCCAGAAUGGCACUCUUAAUAGCUGGAGGGGUUACGGCAGCGGCAGUCGCCGCUGUCGGUUCAACGGCAGGCCUCAUCAGGCGUUUCAUGGACCGGUAUAUCAUCGUAGCAAACGGCUCGCCGCAAGCCAUCUUUGUUACCGUGGAGCAUGUGAAAGGCAAAAGUGAGUCCUUCAUUGAAAUAGGACAAUCCAUGAAAUUUACAGUUUCUAACAACAGGCCUAUAACAAUCAGAGUAAAAAAGUGCACGAAAAGUACCUACGACGCAGAGGUUUGUGAUUACGACUAUCGCAAUUUCAUCGCGAGGGAGGCAACUACUGGAGAUCUGAUCCUUGUUCGAGCAAGAAAAUGGAAAGUGUGGGAGGCUGAGCCUUGCAAGCAGAACAAACAGGAGGAUUUUGUGAAAGUGAAUUCUCCACAUCUUAGAGAGAUGUUUUAACGUCAUCAACUGUCCCUUCAAAGGACUAUUCAUCUACUUAAAACUGACCACCGGCUCCUAUAGAUGGCGAGCCUCUCAAUCUCGGCAACCGAAUUCAAAUUUGAGGCAAUAUGCAUGCAUAAAUCGUCUUCACUAAAGGGACUUGGUAACAUUGUCAAGAUGAGAUAAAAUGGUGCUAAGGUAGUGACUUCCAUGCUAGACGUACAAUUUAAUAUAAUCUGAAAGUUUGAGUGAAAACGAACCAUUAUUAACGAUAACAAUUGGGCAAAACUGAUCUGAUCGAUACCUUAAUUCUCCCAAGUAUACAUUACAAUUUAAUUACAUUUUAGGGGAAUCUUAAUCGUCAUAAAGCAAUGAGUUGGCUAUAUAUACCAUUCCAGACAUUUAAUUGUUGAAAGAGUUUUAAAACCCUGUUUUUUGUCUUAUUUUCAAGGACAAACCGUUGGAAAAAUUCAAAAAUAGUUUGGAGAAAUCACGGUUAGAGGGUGUUGACCAGUGAGGGCAAGCACAGUAGAAGAAAGAUAAUAAGUAACAUUUCAUACCCAAAUCACGCAAUUUUUUAAUCACCCUUCAACAAUGUUACCGAGUCACUUUAACCACUUGAAUGCUUCAGUAGACUAAUAUGACAAGCAGUGAAUUUCAACAGUGGGCUUUCGUCACGAGAGCAAUGAACAAGGCACAUAAAUACUUUGAUCUCUUUCUAAUAUUGUAAUCUAAGGAGAUUCUAUUAAAACAUAAUAAAGAGUUUAAUAACGAAUAGUUUUCAUUGCAUUCGAAAACAGAUCUCACCAAUAUGUUUCUUAAUGUAUUUCAGUUGGAAAUUUAUAGCCGUUUUGGUCUACAAAUAGUUCAUCUGCAACCCGAUUGGUCUAUUCCAAUAUGGUUUACACCCAGCCAGUCUGCUAUCCACAUGUUUCAUUAAUCAUUUCGUCUACUUUUCAUUUUGUCUAAUUUCCAUUUGGUCUAACUGGGUCUAAUUGUUAGUUUGUCUAAUAUAUUUUUUCGCUUCUAUCCAAAUGUUUUAAUAAUCAUUUAAUCAUAAAUAAUAACCCCCUCUAAUGAUUGUUAGACAUUAUGGAUGGUAAACGAAAUAGGCAUUUAUACACAAAUUGGGAAUUGGACCAAAAAUGGAUAAACUAGAUGGGUAGUAGACUUUAUAUCGGAGAUAAGGCCAAAUGGAAAUUAGACCAUAGACAUAGGCAAUUAGACAUAUUUGUUAUGCAUGUAUCUCUCCCGAACCCUUAGUUACCAACUAUUCGAUUCACCUGCAAAGCAAAGUAGCAUCUCGAUAGAAAUCACUUUGCAAACAUUUGCUCUUGCUAUGUCGUUCAAGUCUGUGGCAAUAUUUCCACUUAGGAGCUUUUCUUCAAGAAGUAUGUUUAACAUUUGUAAAUGUAUCUAUUCGGAAAAUCGAUGUACAUGCAUAAUUUUUCCAAGCUGUAUUGUCUCAUUUAUUAACGAUAACAUUUGAUAUUUUAGUGUACAUAUAUUUGAUUAUUGUAUGAUAUGCCUUACCAGAGUCGAUUUUUAUAUUUCAAAUAUUUGAUAUGUAUUUUUUUAAUACUAAACCAGUGUUAAAAGUGUCGUCAAGAAGCCAAUCUUGCAGAACCAUUGUGUUGCAAAACAGAAUAAUAAUCACAAAUAUCAUUUUUCUAGGGACAAUUGUUCCUGGUUUUAAUUCGUCAAAGUUAUAGGUUACGGUUGCAAUUUGGCCCAGAUAUAAAUUUGGCCUAUAAAUAGAGAGUAUUAUUAUUAUCAUAAGUUUCUCGUUAAACAAUAUAAUAUGACCAAAUUAAAUCAAAUACAUUAUACUAUGUUUAGAAAUCUGAUUAAAUAAAUGCACAUCAUAUAGUGUUACA